CCAUCUUCAUUAUUGUAUUUUCUGUGUGCAUAUUGCAUAGCAGCUAUUCUCUUGCAAGUGCCCAUGGAAACUAGAACUGAUCACCAGCUUCACAUUUUCUUCCUUCCAUAUAUGGCUUCAGGCCACACUUUACCCCUCAUGGACAUAGCCAAACUAUUUGCUUCACGUGGUGUAAAAGCCACCAUAAUAACCACCACUGUCAAUGCAACAAUUCUAUCCAAACCAAUACAAACAAGCAAAAAUUUGGGUUUUGAAAUUGAACUUCUUGUCUUCAAAUUCCCAUCUGCUGAAGUAGGGUUGCCUGACGGAAUUGAAACCUCUAACUCAGCAACAACCCAAGAGAUGAAGGAAAAGUUUUUGAAAGCUAUGAGUCUGAUUGCACCAAAGGUAGAGCAGAUUUUAGACCAACAUCGCCCUCACUUCCUUGUUGCAGACACUAUGUUUCAUUGGGCUACUGAUGUUGCUGCCAAGUUUGGGAUUCCAAGGCUCAUCUUUCACGGAACUGGUUUUUUCCCCAUGUGUGCUUCAACGAGUGUGAUGGAGUACCAACCUCAGUUGAAGGUUUCAUCUGAUUCAGAAUCUUUUGUUAUUCCUAAUCUCCCAGAUGAGAUCACAACGACCAGAAACGAAAUACCAUCUUUUCUUAAAGCAGAUGGCAAGACAGAACUCAUCAAGUUGGUCAAAGCAUCCAGAGAGGCUGAGAAGAAGAGCUAUGGAGUUAUUGUUAACAGCUUCUAUGAACUUGAACGAGAUUAUGCAGAUCACUAUAGGAAGGUGUUGGGGAUGAAGUCAUGGCACGUCGGCCCGGUUUCCUUAUGCAACAAGGUAGAGAAAGAUAAAUCAGAGAGGGGAAGGGGAGGCUCUGUUGAUGGAGUACACGAGUGCUUGAAUUGGCUCAAUUCUAAGACACCCAAUUCAGUUGUGUAUAUAUGUUUUGGAAGCCUGACCAAUUUCGGUGAUUGUCAGCUCCUCGAAAUUGCCUUGGCUCUCCAGGCUUCUCACCAGCAAUUUAUUUGGGUUGUGAAGAAAGAAAAGAAUGAUAAAGAAAUGUGGUUGCCUGAAGACUUUGAGCAGAGAAUGGAAGGCAAGGGAUUGAUUGUAAGAGGUUGGGCUCCCCAACUACUCAUUCUUGAGCAUGAAGCAGUUGGGGCCUUCGUGACUCAUUGUGGGUGGAAUUCUAUCCUUGAAGGUGUCUGUGCUGGGGUGCCAAUGAUCACGUGGCCGGUGUCCGGAGAGCAGUUUUACAAUGAGAAGUUGGUGACUCAGUUACUUGGGAUUGGGGUUGCUGUUGGUGCUAAAAAGUGGGCUGCAGUUGAGGAUGAUAAUGUGAAGAGUGAAGCCAGUGUGAAGAGGGAGGCCAUAGAGAAGGCUGUGACGGAAAUCAUGAUGGGUGAUGAAGCAGAGGGAAUGAGAAACAGAGCUAAAGUGCUCGGAGAGAUGGCAAGGAGGGCAGUUAUAGAAGGCGGUUCAUCGUUCUCGGAUUUAACAGCUCUAGUUGAAGAAUUGAGGUCCUUUAGGUAUUGAUUCACUUGAUGCUUGACCUAUAUGCCAACGUCUGCUGCUUUAAGAAGAACAGUUGCA